AUGCGGAUCACCGAGAUUGUGAUAGACGGCUUCAAAUCGUACGCCGUGCGUACGGUGAUCUCAGGAUGGGACGAAUCUUUCAACGCAGUCACCGGCCUGAACGGUUCCGGUAAAUCCAACAUCCUCGAUGCCAUCUGUUUCGUUCUCGGUAUUACGAACAUGUCUACCGUCCGCGCGCAAAACCUUCAAGACCUGAUCUACAAGCGCGGCCAAGCUGGUGUAACCAAGGCUAGCGUCACCAUCGUUUUCGACAAUCGCGACACGCCGAAAUCGCCGAUCGGAUUCGAAGAAUACGCCAAUAUCUCUGUAACCCGACAGAUUGUUCUGGGCGGUACCAGCAAGUACCUGAUCAAUGGACACCGUGCGCAACAACAGACUGUGCAGAACCUCUUUCAGAGUGUCCAGCUCAACAUCAACAACCCCAACUUCCUCAUUAUGCAGGGUCGCAUUACGAAAGUCCUGAACAUGAAGGCGGUCGAAAUCCUGUCCAUGAUCGAAGAAGCGGCCGGUACACGAAUGUUUGAGGACCGCAGGGAAAAGGCAAACAAGACAAUGAGCAAGAAAGACUUGAAGCUGCGCGAGAUAGAAGAGCUUCUGAAGGAAGAGAUUGAGCCCAAGCUCGAGAAGCUCCGAUCCGAGAAGCGCGCAUUCCUCGAUUUCCAACAGACACAAAACGACCUCGAACGCUUGACUCGUCUGGUUGUCGCACAUGACUACCUGCGCGGUGGGGAGCGAUUACGCGUUGCAGGCGACGAGUGCGAUAACAAGAGGGCCAAGGUUCAGGCGCUGGAAGACAAUGCCACUAGGCUGAAGAGCGAAAUCGCACACUUGGAAGAAGAUGUGAAGUCAGUCCGGGCCGCGCGCGACAAGGAGCUGCGCAAGGGCGGCAAGUUCCAAGGUCUCGAGGAUGAAGUCAAGAACCACUCACACGAGCUGGUUCGUUUGACAACCGUCUUCGAUCUGAAGAAUUCCAGUAUGGAAGAAGAGAAGGAGAAGGGCAAGGCCAUUCAAAAGACCGUUAGCGAUCUUGAGAAAGCGUUGAAGGAGAAGAGAAAGAUCUACGACAAAUUGCAAGCCCAAUACGAUUCUGCUAAAUCCGAACUUGACGCGCAAAAUGUCGAAGUUGAACAGAAGGAAGAGUUGCUCCAGACCUUGCAGACGGGUGUGGCCUCGAAGGAAGGACAAGAGAGCGGAUAUCAAGGACAACUCCAAGACGCAAGAAACCGUGCCAGCAACGCCGCCACGGAACAAGAGCAAGCGAAGCUUAAGAUCAGCAACUUUGAGAAGCGGAUUAAGGAGGAAGAGCCGCGCGCCAAGAAGGCCAAGGAGCAGAACUCGGGCCUGCUGAAGGACUUGGAAGGCAUGAAAUCUCAAGCCCAGAAGUUGGAUGCGGAGCUCACCCGGCUUGGCUUUGAGCCUGGUAAAGAAGAGCAAAUAUACCAAGAGCAGUCCGGACUGCAGCGCGAUAUUCGUGACCUUCGCCAAAGAGCCGAUGCCUUGAGGAGAAAGGCAGCGAACAUCGAUUUCAACUACACAGAUCCCCACCCGAACUUUGAUCGUUCAAAGGUCAAGGGUUUGGUCGCCCAGCUGUUUACCUUGAACAAGGACCAGGUGCAAUCCGCCACCGCUCUAGAGAUCUGCGCAGGUGGCCGCCUGUACAACGUGGUGGUUGAAAGCGCUGAAAUCGGUACCCAGCUGCUGCAAAACGGCAAGCUGCGCAAGCGCGUAACUAUCAUUCCUCUGAACAAGAUCUCCGCCUUCAAGGCCUCUGCAGAGAAAAUCGGAGCUGCCCAGAAACUUGCUCCUGGAAAGGUUGAUCUGGCAUUGUCUCUGAUCGGCUACGAUGAGGAGGUCCUUGCGGCGAUGAACUAUGUCUUUGGUAACACGCUUAUCGCCAACGAUGCCGAUACGGCCAAGAAGGUGACGUUCGACCCUUCCGUCCGGAUGAAGAGUGUCACCCUUGACGGUGAUGUCUACGAUCCCUCCGGGACGCUCUCCGGUGGAAGUUCACCUAAUUCCAGCGGAGUGCUUGUUACUCUGGGGAAGCUCAACGAGCUUACCAAGGAGCUCCGAAGCAAAGAACGCCAGCUUGCUACAUUGGAAGACAACAUGAAAAAGGAGAAGAAGAAGCUUGAUGCUGUUCGUUCAAUUAAGCAAGAGCUGGAUCUCAAGACCCACGAGAUCAAGCUCACCGAGGAGCAAAUUAACAGCAACUCUUCGUCAUCGAUCAUUCAAGCUGUUGAGGAGAUGAAAGCAAACAUUGAGCAGCUCAAGAAAGACAUUUCCGACGCCAAGAUUCGCCAAACCGAAGCAUCCAAGGACAUCAAGCGGAUCGAGAAGGACAUGAGCGAAUUCAGCAAUAACAAAGACAGCAAAUUGGCGGAGCUGCAAACCUCGCUCGAUACGCUCAAGAAGAGCCUCAGCAAGAACUCGGCUUCGGUGAAGGAGCUACAGAAGGAAUUGCAGUCCUCUCGCCUCGACUCUGAACAAGUUGGAAGCGACCUUUCGGCAGCCGAGGAACAGCUGGCCGAGUCGAUCAAUACGCUGAAGGCGCAAGAGGAGGAAAUUGAUUCCCUCAAGCGAGAGCAAGCGCGACUCAAGGAUACCCACGACAUUGCGCAAGCUCAGCUGGAAGACGAGCGGGCCAAGCUUACAGGCUUCGACGAAGAAUUGCGGGAACUCGAGGAAGCUAUGAAAUCCAAGUCCUCGCAGAUCACCGAGGAAGGCUUGGAGAUGCAAAAGUUGGGCCACCAACUUGAGAAGCUGCAGAAAGACCAGCACGCCGCCGCUCAGGCUGUUUCCCACAUGGAGCAAGAGCAUGAGUGGAUUGCAGAUGAAAAGGAGCAUUUCGGCCGUGCAAACACACCCUAUCACUUCCAGAACCAGAACAUCGCCGAAUGCAAGUCGACGCUGCGCAAUCUGACGGAACGGUCUCAGGGUAUGAAGAAGAAGAUCAACCCCAAGGUCAUGAACAUGAUCGAUAGUGUCGAGAAGAAGGAGGCUGCCCUGAAGAAUAUGAUGAAGACGGUCACUCGCGACAAGCACAAGAUCGAGGAGACCAUCAUCAACCUCAACGAGUACAAGAAGGAGGCACUCUACAAGACCUGGGUCAAGGUCAACGGCGACUUUGGACAAAUCUUCGCCGAACUUCUGCCGGGCAGCUUUGCCAAGCUCGAUCCCCCGGAGGGCAAGGAUAUCACGGACGGUCUGGAGGUCAAGGUAUCUCUGGGCAAGGUGUGGAAGCAGAGUUUGACAGAACUGAGUGGUGGACAGCGGUCCCUGAUCGCUUUGUCCCUGAUCAUGGCCCUGUUGCAAUUCAAGCCCGCACCGAUGUACAUCCUCGACGAAGUUGACGCCGCACUUGAUCUGUCCCACACUCAGAACAUCGGUCGCUUGAUCAAGACCCGCUUCAAGGGAUCCCAGUUCAUCGUCGUGUCUCUGAAGGACGGCAUGUUCCAGAACGCGAACCGUAUCUUCCGCACACGGUUCAGCGAGGGUACCAGUAUUGUCCAGGCACUGACCCCCGCCGACAUGAAAUGA